AUGAAGAAAAACCUUAUCAACACGCAAUACUCUUUUAUAAACAUCCCUAAUGUGGUUGUACCAGAUAUCGAAAAGGAAAUAAGAAUGAUGGAAAAUGGAGCAUGCAGCUCUUUUUCUGAUGAUGACAGUGCCUCUAUGUUUGAAGAACCAGAGAAGGAAACCUAUGCAAGGGAUUCCUUUCAAAAUGCUACAUAUGAACAUGGAGGGGAAUUUCAGAGGGGUCAAUACCUGCCUGGUGUGCUUGCACUUUUCAAUAUUAACAACAGCAGCAAUAAAGAACAAGAACCAAAAGAGAAAAAGAAAAAAGAAAAGAAAAGCAAGUCAGAUGAUCAAAAGGACACCAAGAAGAAAAAGAAGGAAACGAAGGACAAGGAGAAAGGAAAAAAGACAAAGGAGAAAAAGAAAGAGAAGAAAGACAAAGAUAAGAAAGAAGAGGAGAAAAAAGAAGUCACAAUUAUUGACCCAUCAGGAAACACAUAUUACAACUGGCUUUUCUGCAUCACCUUGCCCGUUAUGUACAACUGGACAAUGAUUAUUGCAAGAUCAUGUUUCGAUGAACUUCAGUCUGAUUACCUAGGAUACUGGCUCUUUUUUGAUUAUAGUGCUGAUAUAGUCUAUCUUAUUGAUAUGUUUGUACGAACAAGGACAGGUUAUCUAGAACAAGGACUGCUGGUGAAGGAAGAGCUUAAACUCCUAGAAAAAUAUAAAUCAGACAUCCAAUUUAAAUUUGAUGUUCUUUCAAUGGUACCAACUGAUCUGUUGUAUUUUAAGCUGGGAUGGAACUAUCCAGAAAUUAGAUUAAACAGAUUAUUAAGGAUCUCUCGUAUGUUUGAGUUCUUCCAGAGAACAGAAACAAGGACAAACUACCCAAACAUCUUCAGGAUUUCUAACCUUGUCAUGUAUAUUGUCAUCAUUAUCCACUGGAAUGCAUGUGUGUACUACUCUAUUUCGAAAGCAAUUGGGUUUGGCAAUGAUACAUGGGUCUAUCCUGAUAUUAAUGAUCCAGAAUUUGGCCGUUUAGCUAGAAAAUAUGUAUACAGUCUUUACUGGUCUACACUGACUUUGACCACCAUUGGUGAAACACCACCACCUGUGAGGGAUUCUGAGUAUAUCUUUGUGGUGAUUGAUUUUUUAAUUGGAGUGUUAAUUUUUGCUACAAUUGUUGGUAACAUAGGCUCCAUGAUUUCCAACAUGAAUGCAGCAAGAGCAGAAUUUCAAGCAAAAAUUGAUGCUAUCAAGCAAUAUAUGCAUUUUCGAAAUGUAAGCAAAGACAUGGAAAAGAGAGUUAUUAAAUGGUUUGAUUAUUUGUGGACCAACAAAAAAACAGUUGAUGAGAAAGAAGUCUUGAAGUAUCUACCCGAUAAACUCAGAGCAGAGAUUGCCAUCAAUGUUCACUUAGACACAUUAAAAAAGGUUCGUAUUUUUGCUGACUGUGAAGCUGGUCUGUUGGUGGAACUGGUCUUGAAAUUACAACCCCAAGUCUAUAGUCCAGGUGAUUACAUUUGUAAGAAAGGGGAUAUUGGAAGAGAAAUGUACAUUAUCAAGGAAGGCAAACUUGCUGUAGUGGCAGAUGAUGGGAUUACUCAGUUUGUGGUAUUAAGUGAUGGCAGCUAUUUCGGCGAGAUCAGCAUCCUUAAUAUUAAAGGCAGCAAAGCAGGUAAUCGAAGAACAGCCAAUAUUAAAAGUAUUGGCUACUCAGAUCUGUUCUGUCUUUCAAAAGAUGACCUCAUGGAAGCACUAACUGAGUAUCCAGAUGCCAAAGCCAUGUUAGAGGAGAAAGGGAAACAAAUCUUGAUGAAAGAUGGUCUACUGGAUAUAAAUAUUGCAAAUUCUGGAAGUGAUCCUAAAGAUAUUGAAGAGAAAGUUGCUCGAAUGGAAGGGUCAGUAGACCUUAUGCAAACAAGGUUUGCGCGAAUCUUGGCUGAGUAUGAAUCAAUGCAGCAGAAACUGAAGCAAAGAUUAACCAAAGUUGAGAAAUUUCUGAAACCAAUUAUUGACACAGAAUUUUCAGAAAUUGACAGUGAACCCACCAACUCUGUACAAGAUUGA